AUGAUCUUUACAAUUGAAGAAAUAAACAACAGGACUGAUCUUCUUCCUGGAGUGACUUUGGGAUUUAAGAUUUAUGACACAUAUGGCUCCAUACCUUUGGCUAUAAGAGCAGCCAUGGCUCUGAUGAAUGGAAAUGAGGAAACUCUCUCUGACACCUCCUGCUCCAGACCAGCUGCAGUUCAAGCUAUAAUAGGAGAAUCUGCAUCAUCACCCACAAUUGCAAUCUCAUCAGCAGUUGGACCUUUUCAAAUUCCUGUGGUAAUUGAGUAUCUGAAAAAUAUUAACUUCACAACCAAGGCUGGGGAGCGGGUCUCCUUUGAUCACAAUGGAGAUCCAGCUGCAAGAUAUGAGUUAGUGAACUGGCAGCAUGUUAACGAGAGCACCAUACAGUUCAUGACAGUAGGUCACUAUGAUGCUUCAUUGCCAGCGGACAAACGGUUUUCCAUAAACCAAGUUGAAAUUGUAUGGGCAGGUGGUCAAACAAAGAAGCCUGAGUCAGUGUGCAGUGAGAGCUGUCCUCCAGGCACUCGAAAGGCAGCUCAGAGAGGAAGGCCUGUGUGUUGCUAUGACUGUUUACAAUGUGCUGACGGAGAGAUCAGCAACACUACAGAUGCUUAUGAUUGUAUCCAGUGUCCUCUGGAAUACUGGUCAAAUGAGAAACAAGAUAAAUGCAUAUUAAAAACAAUAGAAUUCUUGUCCUUUGGAGAAAUCAUGGGAAUACUACUCAUAGCUUUUUCAUUUUCUGGUGCUUCUUUAACCCUAUGCAUAGCCUUCAUUUUCAUUAAAUAUAAAGACAGCCCAAUUGUUAAAGCCAAUAACUCUGAACUGAGUUUCCUUCUGCUCUUUUCAUUGACACUGUGUUUCCUCUGUUCACUUACUUUCAUUGGCCAGCCCUCUGACUGGUCCUGUAUGUUGCGCCACACAGCAUUUGGGAUCACAUUUGUCCUGUGCAUCUCUUGUGUUCUGGGGAAAACAAUAGUGGUGUUAAUGGCCUUUAGGGCUACCCUGCCAGGCAGUAACAUUAUGAAAUGGUUUGGCCCCAAACAGCAGCGUUUAAGUGUUCUGGGUUUCACACUUGUACAGGUCUUGAUUUGUAUUCUUUGGUUGACAAUUUCACGUCCCUUUCCUCAUAUAAAUACACAAUACUACAAAGAUAAAAUCAUUCUUGAGUGUGACAUAGGAUCAGUAAUGGGAUUUUGUGCUGUGUUAGGGUAUAUAGGAUUCCUCUCUGCCAUGUGCUUUGUGCUCGCUUUCCUGGCUCGGAAGCUGCCUGAUAACUUCAAUGAAGCCAAAUUCAUUACAUUCAGCAUGCUCAUAUUCUGUGCUGUCUGGAUCACCUUUAUCCCAGCAUAUGUUAGUUUCCCUGGAAAGUUCACAGUAGCAGUGGAAAUUUUUGCAAUUUUGUCUUCCAGCUUCAGUUUACUUUUCUGUAUAUUUGCACCCAAAUGCUACAUUAUUUUACUAAAACCUGAACUGAAUACAAAGAAACACAUGAUGGGCAGUAUGGCAAAGUCACGGUAG